CAGGGUCAAUCAGGUCAAUUAGGAGUUUAGGACCAGCUCGGCCUUAAAAAAAAUCAGGAUCAAUUUCGACUGUUCUUCAACACAUCACCAAUGGAGGACUUUUAUCCUACAGCUGAAAACGGAAGAGAGAACACAGUACUCGUCCAGGAGCCAAAGCCUGGCGACGCUAGUGUGGUAAAGAAGCAGAGGAACUGCCUACAUACCUCAACUGAAAAAAUUAAUCAAGAAGAAGAAGAUAGUUCACUUUCUGAUGUUAAUUCCAUCAUAAAAGGAUUUUGGUCUGAACUUCAUGCUGACCUUCUUGAACCUAUUGCAUGCCGUCUGGGUAGAGUCGAUCUGCUGGCUUUUUGUGGUACUUGUAAGGCGUGGCGUUCUGCUUCUUUUAAUGCUUCAGCUGAAAUUGAAUCCGAAGCAUAUCAUACUUUUAAUGCUUCAGCUGAAAUUGAAUCCAAAGUAUACCACACUACAUGGUUUCUACAGUAUGAUAAUCCCGAUUGCCUUUUGUAUGACCCGUCGCAAGAUCGCCAUUAGGAUAUAAAUAUCCCAGAGUUUCACUGGGAUAUGACUUGCAUUGCUUCGAAUGGAGGAUGGCUUCUUGUGUACAGAGAUGGUAUUGUCUUCUUCUUCUUCUGUCCUUUCUCCCGGGCAAGAAUAGACCUUCCAGCAUUGCCUCAUUCAGAGCUUUCUGACCAUGUUGCAGUAAUCUCAUCGGUUCCAACUUCUCUGGAUUGCAUUGUUGGUGUCAUUAAUCAUAGAAAUUGCAACACAUUGGUGUUAAAUUUGAUUCGACGUGGUUCUACUGAAUGGACUAUACAUGAGUUUCUGGACACAUUAGAGUGCCUACGCACCAUUACAAGCGCCGCAUAUCUUGAAGGGGUUUUCUAUUUUUUGGACUGUACUACAGAUGCAUCAGUGACAUUUUCUCUAGAAGAAAUUAAAUGGGGUACUUGCAAGAUAAUCUACCAUGAACCUUCUAAUUCUAGUUCCCCAAAUACACUACCGUUCUCAUGUAAUUGCACUCCCCCAAAGACACUACCAUGCUCUCGUAAAACCUCUAAUUGUACUACUCCAAAGCCACCACCACUAUUUGCAAGAAACAGCUUUAGAAGAACAAAAAUAGUGGAAAAGUUGGGAUUCCCAGAACAAGUUUAAGUUUCAGUUUCAGUUUCAGUUUCCAUUUGUGGAACAAAGCUCGCAGGUGAUAACCGCGACUACUACAUUCACAAUGAGAAUAUCUACCGGUUGGGCGUUGAGAGAUAUUUUGCUUACGCCAAAGUAGUAUGGAUCCAGCCUCGACUUCAUCACCUUCCUCCAAGUCAUAGUUGGUGCCCUUGAGCGGUUUGAUUCUGUUUCACAGUUCUUUUUUAAGUCAUAGGAUGCUAGAUUUGAUUGUUUAUGCUAUUGAGUGCUUUCCUUGUGGUGGUCAUGGGCAGUUUCCUUUAUUCCUUUCUAAGAGGAAUUUUUAUCCCAGUUUGAUUCAUAGUUAGUUAUUUUAAUUUGCAAAAUCCAGGCAGCAACAGUGGGUCAUGGAGCAGUAGGUGCUUAUAAUUUAGGUGACAAUUUUCACUGUUUGUAAAAUUUAAUAAUAGUAUCUUCUUUUUAUUGAAUGGUGAAUCACAACAAAGGAUUAAGUA